AUGAAUAAGGUCAGAAGAUAUUGGAAUCCAAUAACAAAAAUUGAUUAAACUAUCAAGUUUAAUUUUAAUGACUUUGUUACUAUUAUAUUACACAACAUAUUUAACAAUAUGAAUUUCAAAUGCAAUUAAUUAAAAUCUGUCAAAGAUUAUAAAGUAUCUUGGUCAACUUAUGAAUCAGAAUACCUGUAUACAUAGGUGAAGAUCCAUAAAAAAACCCAGAAAAUGUAUUUUUUAAUUAUACCUAUUUGUGUAAUGGAAUUGGAUUAUCAACAUUUGCAAGAACUUUUAAUCAUUCUAUUAAUAAACUCAAAUUGUUAGUGAUCUUGAAGAUGCUAAAAUUAGAGACAAUUAUGUUAUUAUAAUUGAACAUAAUCAUAACCAGAAGAAGUAAUAUAUUCUAUCAAAAUGUAUGUAAAAAAUUUUAAAAUGAAUUAAAAAUACCAUUUUCAUAUGAAUUGCUUAUUACUGCCAUGAAGAGAACAUGUAGUUCAGUUGGAAGAAUUCAAUCCUUUGUUAAAAAAAUUAAAACCUUUGAAAACUUUUAUAAGUAAAUGGAUUCAUGGAUGAUGAUAUAUUAAUCGAUCAUGAAUAUAUAGAAGAUGAUUUAUUGGAUCUAUUUUCUAAUGAUUCAAAAAGUACCUAAUUAUAUGAGUUAAUUAUAGUUUAGAAUGCUGGUAAUUCACAGUUUAAAAAUGAUGAGAAUUUCUCUAAAAUUUUUAACAUCUUCUUGAAAUAAACUUUUGAAAAUGGGGAAUAGCAUUUCAUUCCAGAAAAAGAUCUUAAAUUAGAAUUGUUAACUAUUAGUCAAAAUGAUCAAAAUGUUAGAUAAUCACCUUAUUUCAAAGAUUUUGUAUAAGAUAAAGAAACAGAAAUAUUUGUUAAAACUUUAUUAGUUAGUUUUGAUGGAUUGAUUGCAACUUUAGCUCAUCAAUCAUCAUUACAAUGUUAAAGUCCUUAUCCCCAUAUUCAAUUUUAUAACAAAAAUCUAAAAGUAAGAGACAGUGUAUCUGUAAUAUUUUAAACCAUAUUAUAAAAUAAAGUCUUAAAAUAGGCAUUCAAAGAUGGUUACUAAAGUAACAAAUUAACCAAUUUUUGCUCUGAAGACAUUAAAUACAGACUUACAAAAUUUAUGUUAUUUCAUUGUAAGAUGGCAUGA